AUGAUUCACGAUCCUGCCGACGAGCGCUUGCACCGCAAGACGCGCAUCCUCUCAACCGUCGCCGCCGUCGUUAUUGCCCUCGCUGCCGGAACCAACUAUGCCUACUCAGCGUGGGCGCCGCAAUUCGCGGAUAGGCUGCGGCUUACCACGACCCAAAGCAACCUGAUCGGUGCGGCGGGAAACAUUGGCAUGUAUGCCACCGGCAUUCCUGUGGGAAUGCUGGUUGAUAGCAAAGGCCCGCGUCCAGCCGCCUUCCUGGGUGCUGUGCUCUUGAUUCUGGGAUAUUAUCCGCUUCAGAAAGCCUACGACCAUGGUCCCGGCUACAUGAGCGUCACGACAAUGUCGUUUUUAUCUUUUUUGACCGGCGUUGGUAGCUCCUCGGCGUCGGGAGCCGGCCUGAAGACAGCCGCUCUCAGCUGGCCUCACCACCGCGGCACGGCCACCGCGUUUCCGCUGUCCGCCUUCGGGCUCAGCGCCUUCUUUUUUACCGGAAUCUCUCGGAUCGCCUUCCCCGGAGAUACUUCCAGCUUCCUUCUUCUCCUCUCAUUCGCUACCUUUGCUAUGGUUUUUGUUGGUGCUUUUUUCUUGCGCAUUGUCUCUGGAUCAGCAUCGUAUUCGGCUCUCCCGGUCAGCGAGGCUCGCCCGGAGCAGCACCAUCUCCACCGCACCAAGUCAAGGAGCAGCGUUUCUAGCAACAAGAGCUAUUAUGAAGAUGCAGAGAACGAGGUGCCCGAUGCGCCGAACAACGAGGCAUCCGAGUCCUCCUCCCUCAUUUCUGAGCCGGGCGACAUACCACCACCGAAAACCACCAGUCAUGAUGAUGAUGGACACCACUCACAUCGACCAGAUAUUUCAGGCAUUCGUUUGAUCCGCACCUUGGAGUGCUGGCAGCUCUUUACCGUUCUCGGUCUGCUGACAGGAAUUGGUUUGAUGACCAUCAACAACAUUGGUCACGAUGCGCAAGCACUGUGGUCUCAUUACGACGACAGCGUCUCUAAGGAAUUCAUUGGAGCACAACAACUUGCCCAGGUUUCGAUAAUUUCCAUCGGAUCGUUCCUCGGCCGCCUGGCAUCUGGAAUCGGCUCCGACGGGCUCGUCAAGAAGCUGAACAUGUCGCGUUUCUGGUGCCUGGUCGUGUCGGCGCUCAUCUUCACCCUGGCCCAGUUCGCGGCCAUGAAGGUCGAGAACCCGACGCACCUGUGGGUCGUGUCGGGCCUCACGGGGCUGGGCUACGGCGCGCUGUUCGGCGUGUUCCCGUCCAUCGUCGCCGACGCCUUCGGCGUGCACGUCAUGACGCAGAACUGGGGCUUCAUGACGCUGUCGCCCGUCAUCAGCGGCAACGUCUUCAACCUCUGCUACGGCAGCAUCUUCGAUUCCCACAGCACCCCCAUAGACGGCGGCGACCGCGAGUGCACCGAGGGUUUGACCUGCUACAGGUCGGCGUACGGCAUCACGUUCGUGUCGAGCAUAAUAGGCGUCUGUCUGAUCUUCUGGACCAUGAGCCACGAACGUGCCGUCAAGCGGAAAGAAAUGGAGGAGCGGAACUCGCACAAUGCUUAG